AAAUUUUAUGUUGGAGAAUAAAAUUCUGGUGAAGAAACCUAGAUCUAGUAUCAGUCCGUUCCCUCUGUCUGCAGCUACCCGCUCCACUCUUCUUGCUCACCCGCCUCACCGCCGCGUCCAUUCUCCUCUGCCGCUGCUCCGUGCUCUCCUCUUUGCCAUUGCUCCGUUCUCGCGUCCGCUCGAAAGAAGCCGCCGGUCGUACCUCCUCCUCCUCUUCCACUUCAGAAAUGAUCCAUUAUAGAGAUGGGGAAUGGGGAGUGCUGGGAUUGCGGGGAAGCAGGGAAUGGGGAUGGGGGUAAAUAUUCCCCCACAAUGGGGAUUGGGAACGGGGACAGGGACGGGGAGCAGAUCAGGGUUUGGGGACAGGUUGCAGGGAGGCAUCCCCGGCUCCGCCCCGCCCUGUUGACAUCCCUACUCUAAGAUGAACCGAGGCACGAGUCUCCAAGAGUAGCUGGACCCACUUCAAACUGUAAUCACAUUAAAUCACAGACACCCUAAGAGAGUAGAGGGAGAAAGAAAGAACUAAAAUAAAAGAAUGGAAAGGGAGGGAAACAGAGGAAGAAGGUGAGGAUGACGGCUGUGAGAGAGCUGCUGCACCACUGCGGCCACACUGUUUGGUCUUUGCCACUGUGGUUUGCCCUCUCUGUUCUGCUUCUGCCUUGUUGCUGCAGAGCCGGAUUCCACACCUCUACAGCUGUCCCUACAGCUGCACUGCUGGUCAACACCACUGCAGCCACCUUCAUUUUCUGCACCACACACAAAAAAUUAGUCAAAUUGAGUGAAGUGGACUGAAAAUGGAUGAGGCAGAGGCAAAUACAGCAGUGCAAGCACUGCCUGAAAUGAUGUCAGCGAAUGUGGAAGCCUUGCUUGAGGCCGCGAGGUAUGAUGACAUGGAUGAUGUUGUGAUCUUAGCAUCUAAUGGUGUUCCUCUUGAUUCCAAGGAUGAACAGGGUAGGACAGCUCUUCAUAUGGCUGCUGCUAAUGGGCAUAUUGAAAUUGUGGAGUACUUAAUUGGUCAAGGUGUGGAUCUUAAUGUUGCAAACGAGGAAAAGAAUACACCUCUUCACUGGGCUUGUCUCAAUGGACAUGUUGAGGUUGUGAAAAAGUUAAUCAUGGCUGGAGCUAAUGUUGGUGUUUUGAACAGUCAUGAGAGGACUCCAAUGGAUGAAGCUGUUACUAGAGGCAAACUAGAAGUGAUGGAUGCAAUUAAUGAAGCAGUCGCACUAGUUGAACUUCGUUGCGCAAUGGUUUCUACACAAGAACCUUCAAGUUAAUGUAAUGCAAAGCUUUUUGUAAAGGUUGCAGAUGUUUUCCUUUAGACUAGAAUGGAACAUAAUUUAGAGGGAAAUAUAUUCCAUCUUCAGAUAUAAUUAUAUAAUACUAUUUGUGUUCUCUAUUUCUAAAUUA